AUGAACCCACCAUUUAAGUUCAAUUCAAAGAAUCAAAAGAUGAGAACUUAUUUUAUCACGGGUGCAAACAGAGGUAUUGGUCUUGGUGUUGUCACUGAACUUUUGAAAGAUAACAACAAUAAAGUUCUUGUAACUGUAAGAAAAUCAGCAAGCGUUGAAGACUUAGAAGCUCUCGGAUCUAAGAACCUCCUUAUUUAUCGUUGUGAUAUCGGUGUGGAAGAUGAAGUAGAUGAGGUUUUUGAACAAAUUGUCAAAGAUCAUACAACUAUUGAUGUAGCUAUCUUAAACGCUGGGAUGUUGCAUUCCAAUAUGAAAUCCCCCACCGAAUUAACUGAAACCAGGGAAGAGUGGAGAGAUUUUGUUGAUCAGACCAAUGAAGUAAUUAGGGUGAAUGCUUUUGCUCAAAUCUACAUCGCUAACAAACUACUUCCUUUAGUUGAAAAAUCCGUCGAAAAGAAGAUAAUUUUUCUUACAUCAACUUUAGGCUCCGCUGAAUAUACUGAAAAAUCAAAAUUUGAUACUAUAAUCCCAUAUUCUGUUUCUAAAGCUGUCCUUAAUAUGAUUAUUGCCAAAUAUGCUGCUUAUGGCAGGUCAAAAGGGAUGACGAUCAUGGGUAUUUGUCCGGGUAUAGUCAAUUCUAAUAAUGCUGAUAAUGAAGCCAUUGAAGCUCACAUGGCUAUUUUCACUCCAGGUUUAAUUAGAGUUAAAGAGGAUUACGUUGGUAUGCAAAGUCUUGAAGCUGGAAGUAAGAAGUUACUCAAAGCUAUUGAAUUUUUUACUCCUUUCCAUACUGGUAGAACAUUUAGUAGUAGUGGAUCUGAACAUCUUUCUGCCUAG